AUGACAUCAGCCUCCUUCGUCUCCUACUCCACUCCAGGACUAUGCCAACCUUUCACCAUGCUCCCACCAGCUGGUCACCUGCUGUUUCUCCUGCUGGUGAUGGGCACAGGUGGCACGGUACCCAGGCCCUGGGGACCUCCUCGGGGCUGCUACGCGGCCGAAGAAGCUGGUGAACGGACAUUCCGUUGCAGCCAGGCGGGCCUGAGCGCUGUGCCCACCGGCAUCCCCAAUGACACACGCAAGCUCUACCUGGAUGCCAACCGGCUGGCAUCCGUGCCAGCUGGAGCCUUCCAGCACCUGCCUGUCCUGGAGGAACUGGAUCUGUCCCAUAACAUCCUUGCCCACCUCUCAGGGGCCGCGUUCAGGGGCCUGGCGGGCACGCUGCGCCACCUCGACCUCUCUGCCAACCGGCUGGUCUCGGUGCCCGCAGAGGCCUUCAUGGGCCUGCAGAUCCAAGUGAAUCUGUCUGCCAACCCGUGGCGCUGUGACUGUGCCCUCCAGGAGGUGCUGAGGCUGGUGAGGCUGGCACCAGGCACUGGCACGGGCAUCGUGUGUGGCCCCGGCGCCCGCGCAGACCUCGUGGGGCAGGAGUUCCUGCCGCUGGCAGGGGAGGAAGAAUUGUGUGGGACGGGGUGGGGCGGCGCCCAGCGGAGCACUGAUGUGGCCCUGCUGGUCACCAUGGGGGGCUGGCUGGCGCUCGUCGUGGCUUAUCUGGCCCACUACGUGUGGCAGAACCGGGAGGAGACCCGGCGUCCCCUCAAGCGAGCCCCGGUGCUGCCCGUGCGCUCCGAGGACUCGUCCACGCUCAGCACGGUGGUCUGACGACCCUGCGGCCCUCUGGCCUACACGUC